AUAUAUAUGUUCUUAGAUCACACCCGAUGUUAAGCUUCUUGCUCGUUUGAUUUGAAAUUCGAAGGCCUUCUGUUCAAAUGUUGCCCAAAUUCAACUCAACAUGCACAAUCAUCUUCAGCCAAGCAGGCGCAGGCGACACAAGGAACGCAAAUUACAAAUAACAAACAAAAACUGCAACAUAAUAUUCCCAGUGCUACAGCAGCUAUAACUACCAGAUCUCAGUAGCCGUAGCAAGAGGAAAACAAAAUUCGAUGUAUUUAUCUGUUACAAAUUGAGACGUAUCAAAAUUUCCGAAUGUUUUAUUAUAGUAGUUGGCUUUCUACACACCUUUCGUUUGCAUUGGUUUUUGGUAUUUUCGAUGUUGAUUAUUUGUUUACUUGGCUCCUGCUGUGGUCUAAAUUGCUGUCAAGGCAUAUGACAGGGAGUUCUUAAAUUACAAAUAUGAACAUAUGAUUUUAACAAAUUAUGCAGCAUACAAAAAUUGGAUACGAGUUUGCUUUUGAUUCAGACCCCAUAAUGUGCAAUCCUAAAGCCUUUCAAAAUUGCUGUUCCCGGGAAAAAGUGUAGACGAUAAAUAUAGUUCUCUAUAAAAUAGAUCUUAAAUGGACAAUUUUUUCUGGACACGCCUGCAUUGACGACCCACAGCUGGCAAGACAUUUUUUAUACUUUAAAAAACGUUAAAUUUAUAAUACGAAUAUAUACGCAUUUUGUGGCAGAUUCAUAUGCUACACACUAGCUCAUCUUUAUUGCUGGUGCCUGGGUGUUCAUCAUUCGCAUUAGCUGCAGUUUUCCGUGCCCCAGACGAACACCAAUCCCGAUACCAGUGUCAACAACAGGUUACGAGCAAUGCGUCGCCGUCGUUGCGCAGUCGGUGCGCAGUCGCAGUGGCAGCGGGCAACCGAGCACGGCCAAGUGCUUAAGGAAUGGUAAACGUUACCUGUGCACGUCAGUCCAAGGUGAGCGCUCGUGCUGUUCGGUUUGCUUUGCAUUGGUUUGGUUUGGUUUGCCAGCUUGUUGGGCCGCGUUGUUUCACUACUCAGAGACCAAGACGCUGAGCUUGAAAUUGAAAUUCUUUUGUGCUGGCCCUGUGGCUCGUGUGGUCUCUGUUACGUGUUUCGAUCAAGUGCGGUGCGGAAAGCAAAUCAAAUUUGUAUACAUAAAAAACGUUAAACCAAAACGUAGCUGCUUCCAAGUACAGCAAACCAAUAAACAAACCAACACACACACACACACACACACACACACACACACAAACAAACACACACACAGUUUUAAAAUGGAAUACCGGUGCUUAAGUAGAAGUUCUGUCAAACAUCUAACGGCACUCUGCGUCAUCAGCAUUGCACUCACAUGCGCCAAUGCGGCGUUGUGGCCCAGCUUCAGUAGCAGCAGCAGCAGCAGCGCAGAUGAUGCGCCGCCCAGCAAAUGCGCCGGUGCGCGUGGAUUGAAAUAUUUGUCUGGUGAUGCGUUGACAGACUCACCAGACUGCCUGGGUCCAAAUAAUGCGCCAUAUCCCAGCGCGGCCGUUGCUCGCACAUUCUCCAAUUGGAACGGAAAUUCGCGACGUGGACGUCAGAGCAAAUUGCCCAGCACACUGGAUCCAGCAAUAACCACAAGUGCAUUGUUGAGGGCCUACGAUGAGGUGAACAAUGAGGCUAUCGGAAGCAAUCGUUAUGGUCGUUCAUUAAAGAACGCUACGCCGGCGCAACAGUGCAAGAGCGAUACGCCGGCGCGACUGUGCAAGACGCGCUACAAUACAACUGCGCCCAUGUAUGGCGUUAGCUUGACCUCGGGUCAGCCCGUGACCAUUGUGCAAAAGUUUCCCGAUCUAUUGCAACAGGUGGUUUUUGAGGUGUGCGAAUCCUCAGAAUGCGAUGUGGUGCGUGGCGAGUGCACGCAGACGUAUGUGCCUUAUUUGUUCCUGGUUAUACCUCUGGGCCCAGUAACGCUUACUGGCCAGGAUUAUGUGCUCGUUGAGAGCGGAUGUGUCUGUAAGCCAAAAUACUCGACGGGUGCCGCUCAGGAGCCUAACAUGAUACCGUAAAUGCAUGAAAGUGUUGUCACACUGGUAUACAACAGCAACCAAAAGAACUGAGCGAGUUUAUAGGGUGGAGCGGCAAAAUUUACUUAAAUCUGGAAUUAUUUUUUGUAGCAAAAUCAUAUUUUUAAUGUUAUUUAUUCGUUUUUCGUUUGCCUCUAUUUAUCUCUCCCUAUCGCUGUUUAAAUGAAAUAGGCUUUUGCUCGAAAAAUAAUGCUAAAAUUAAGUUUUUAAUUAAAGUAAUGCAUUUAAAUUAAUUAACAUUAAUAUCAAGGAACAUCAGCUGCCGAACAAAUUAUUAGAUUUGUGGUAUGAAAGAGACAAAUGAAAAACACGCACAUGGCAAAACAAACUUAGUUAUACUUACAUAUAAUAAUUUAAUU